CCGGAAGCGCGCGUUGUGUUGCCGUCGGCUGUGACAGCGGUGCUGCUGGCUGGGAACAGGAUGCUGUCAGGCCGAACAGACGCACCGACCUAACGGACAGAAACCGCAGCAGCAUCCUUUGUUUUCUGGAGCUGGAUAUCCAGCAACUGUGAGACCCAGCGAUAACCUGCAGCACCUGGAGGAGAAGGGGGAGGUGCCCAGUUUCAACGGCCAGUAGCUUGAAGCACAGGAGCGGCCAAUAGGAGCACUCCAAACUGAUCGUGUCGCAGGCUGAAGGGAGAGCUGAAGUGAGAGUGGAGGAGAGGCGCUGGGGCUUUCCUUUCCCAACAUCGUUUGCUUUUCCUUGGGCCCUGUGGAAGCACUCAUCCACACCACUGCACUGAAAUACACUCAUCACCCUCUUUCCAUUCUGGCACUGCACUCAUUCUCUCUCUUUCUAUCCAUCUAUCUGUCCAUCUUGCUUGAUGAAUAGGUCAGUGGAACCUAGACGCCACAAACCAGUGCAGACCUCGCAGUAAAGAAACAGUGAAAUCAGUUUUGGCUGUGGAGUUGCCCACAGAGCUCGUCCGGCUCAGGUGAUGCAGCAGUGUGUUUGAAUAGAGCCCUUCAGCAGCACGUCAGCACGUCAUCUGGCUCAGUCCCACAGGCUCCCACAGGCAAUGAUGAGGGCCCGUGGGUUUCUCUCUUUCUAGACUUUCUCUCCUUCCACCUUGUGUCUUCAUGUUUUGGGGGUCCUGUGGUGCCCCCGCCCUCUGUCAACCCCCCCGCACCCGCUGCCACCACGGCCGGCCACCCCAGUCGCCUUGUUGCCAUGCCGACAGAGACACUGGCUCCUGCCCUGCCAGAUAGCAAGGCCGCCGGACCCGCGACACCCUUCAGUUCUACCGUGCCCCUCCGCAUCCUCAACAAGGGCCCUGACUACUUCAGGAGACAGGUGGAACCUAACCCGAAGCGUCUCAGUGCUGUCGAGAGACUAGAAGCGGACAAGGCCAAGUAUGUCAAGAGUCAGGAAGUUAUCAACGCCAAACAAGAGCCAAUCAAACCACCCGUGCUGGCUAAGCCCCCCGUCGGCCACGCCCUCCUGUCUAAGAGAGGCUCCGGGGUCGGCGGAGGAGGAAAUGGAGGAGGGAUGCCUUUCAAAGCAUCCAAUAACAAUGCCAAGUCAGACACGUGUGCGACGAGCAGCGGUGGCAGCAAACGAGAGAACUUAAACCUGGAGAUCCUAAAAAAUCUGCUGAACUCAUCGUCCUCUCCAGGGGCAGAAGGACUGGGAGGUGGAGCUAAGAGUGCUGUGCUGAUGAGGUCAUCAGGAGGAAUGCCCAGAAGUUGGACACCAUCGGGGAUGCCGUUAACCUACCGAUCUACAAUGACACUCAAUGAGCAACCAGCAGACUCGGCUCCCAGUCCUAGCACCUCACACUCCCUCCGAUCCUUCUCCCAUUCCCUGAAGGUCCCUCCAAUCAACAGCGGGGGACGCCGCAGUCCUCAACAGGGAGGAAACCUCAAUCUCAGCAGACGAGUCCUGGAUGAGAGAGGAGGUGAAGGAUUAGUUAUGGAACGAUCUCGCUCCCCGCUACCGCCUCUGCUCACAUCCCACUCCUCGUCCGACCUCCUGCGACUGUGUAAUGGCAAGCCACUCCGUGCAGCCCGAUCCAGCAGCUCCUCAGCUCCACCCCUUCCUCCAAAACCCAACCCAGCCUCCCUCCCUCCUCCCGCACUUUCCUUGUCACUGCCUCCCCCUCGUCCAACUCCAUCCCCGUCGCCCUGCAACAACACCACCCCUCAGUCACUACCUUGUGAUUUCGGGGACUCUUCCAAUACUUCAGCCGACCCCAACCUGGAGCUUGAGCUUGGUUCAUCCGUGGCACGUCGCUCCUCCCUACAUAGAUCUAAAUCAGACCUGUCAGACCGGUAUGCCCGGGCUGGAGCUGAUGUUGAACGCUUUUUUAACUACUGCGGCCUUGACCCUGAAGAGCUGGAGGCAGUUGGUCCAGAAAACUUUGCACGGGCCAACUCGGACAUCGUCAGCCUCAACUUCCGAUCAGCUUCUAUGAUCUCCUCCGACUGCGACCGGUCACGGCGGUCCUCCAAUGAUGGACUGUCAGACGCAGAUGAGGACGAGGAAGAGGAGGCCGGGGAGCGGGUUCCAUAUGGCAUCUCAGCUGUGGAACGAAAUGCAAGAGUCAUUAAGUGGCUGUACAGCAUCAAACAGGCGAGAGAGACACAGAAAGUCUCACAUGUUUAGGACAAGUGGAUUGGAUGUAAUGCUGUAAUCUAUCUACAAACUGCCCCAUGUUCGAGAAUUGGCUCCCGGGUUUAGAUACUGUGAUGUUGGGGCUGAACUUAAAGUUUGUUAAAAUGUAGAAAUGGAUGAAUGAAUGGAUGGAAGAGAAAUUCUGAUAAGUGUAACACAAACUAGGUAAGAAAACAGCAGAAAUGUUUAAUAA